UUCAUCACUAUUACUACAAACUAACAUGUCUCUUCCCAAGCAAACAUUAGAUUCUCCCCAACUCAAAGCCAACCCACUUUCCCAAGCAUGCCGGCGGUUCCUCACUCCCGCCCGCCGCGGAGCCAUUGUUCGUGGAAUCCUCUCCUCUUUCCUUGGCUGUCUCCUUCCCAACUAAACCAUCUUUGUGAUCAUCGGAAUAAAUGUGUUCAAAAAUAUACCCAGCUGCUAUAAGAAUUUCAUUGAAUAACUUAUGCUACUACUACUACUACUACUUUAGUUUGAGAGGUUGGGUUUGUAAUCUUUUAUUGUUCUCUCUUUUCGGAGUGGAGUGAGCUUUGUUGUAUCGUUCGUGGUGUUGGUGGUUUUGAAUAAAUUCCGAUGACAAAAUUAUUGGCACGAGACGAGCUCAACAAUUUAGCAUUACAAACCUUAUUUGAAUAAAAAAAAAUCAACAUCUCUUUUAUAAUGAGUAUCGAUAUUUUUGAUAAGUAAGGCAGUUAUAGCCUUAAAUUGAUAUCAUUAAUACUUAUGAUUUUAGUGUACUAUAUUUUAAUAGAUUAAACAAUUUAAUUUAAUCUUAUCAGCUACCGAUAACAUAAACCCGCGGCUCUAACUGAGUGCCCUAGCCGCUCAUCGCCGCUGCGCUUAACAACUUUAUUCAGCCGUAGUUGCGCCGCCUUCACCCUCUACUGGCGACAUCCCGUUAUUUUCGAGAUGAAGUACUUGUAGCCAUUGAAAUUGUAACGAGUCCGUUUGCUUGGCUUGGAUUGGAUGUAGGUGAUAAGUUCUCAUGCCUUUCUGAUUCUUAUGCUAAUAAAAUAACUGCAUCGCCCUUAAGGUUAAGGACGUGUUUGCGUAGUUUAAUUGCUAGCUCCUAAGUUUAAUUUUUAACAUAUUUGCCCUGAUUGAAACCUCUAAGGCUCUAACUCAGGAUUUUUCAUGCUUGAAGUCAUCCCCAAACCAAACAUCUCUUAUCCAUUCCGACGUGGCCAGCUGCCUUCUUGGGCAGCCAUUGCUGAAUUCGAAUUAUGUCUCCUAAAAUAUUUCUAUUGGAUUUAGCCAAAAAAUAUUUCACCGCAGGCAUAGUUUGCCUCACGAUUUCCGACCGUUAUGCUAGCUUUACUGCUGUUCGUGGUUCGUCCAUGUCUCCGACUUUCAAUCCCCAUACUGACAGUUCUACCGGAAUUUCAUUUGAUGACUACGUAUUGGUUGAGAAAUUCUGCCUUGUCAAGUACAAGUUCUCGCGUGGCGAUGUCGUCGUUUUUCGUUCCCCAAGUAAUUAUAAGGAGAAAAACAUAAAAAGAAUCGUUGGCUUGCCAGGCGACUGGAUUGAUCUCCCUUCACUUGACACUGUGAGGGUUCCUGAAGGGCAUUGCUGGGUUGUUGGGGAUAACUCAGCUUGUAGCCUUGACUCAAGAUCUUUUGGCCCGAUUCCUCUGGGUUUGAUUUGCGGGCGCAUCACGCAUACGGUCUGGCCUCCUCACAGAAUUGGUGGAGUUAAUAGCAGAACCCAUGCAUUGCCGCCGGUUCAUGUUGAAGAAUAAACUUUUCUUUUUUAUUUCUUUAUUUAACAAGGGAGGUUUUGAUUCAUUUAUUGAUACUAGUAUUCUUCUGAAUUUUCAGGAUAAAUCUCAUUUGUUUCAUUGUAAAUUGGGAAAUAUACUUUGUUAUAGCAUUGAAUACUUUACUACUAACAUUAACUUUUUUUUAUUAUAACAUUGCAGUGCGUGUAUUGAUUUUUGGGCAAAUUUUGUGUAAAGUCGGAAAUUUUUAAA